CAUUAUAUCAUUGUGGAGGGGAGGGGUACUAUGUCUCAUUUUAUAGAAAUCAGUUUUCCAGUCAUGUUUGGAUUUGGGUAUAUUGUUUUUCUGCUCAUGGCCAAUUACCAUAGAGCUAAUUAUUUAUAUAUGAAAAUCUGAUACGAAACAGAAAAUGAUAUAAGCAAUUGCAAAGUCUGGACAGGGGUUGGUUGAUUUAAGGUUCCAGGUUGGCAAAUCUUUAUCUGAAAUAAUAAGAUCAGAAGACAUGGGAGCAGAAUUAGACCAUUUGGCGUAUCAAGUCUGCUCUGCCUUUCCAUCUUGGCUGAUGACCAUUUAUUUAUGAUGGAAUGAUGAAGCAGACUCAAUGGGCCAAAUGGCCUAAUUCUACUGGUAUUGUCUUAUAAUCUGUCACCUGAAAAAUUAACCCAAUCUACCUUUAUUCAAAGAAACUGCCUGAACCAUUUUCUGUUUUUAAAAGAGCUCCUGCUAACACUGUUUCGUGUGUACAGAGUACAGAUACUGUUAUCAUUAAAUUGCCAUUGUAGAAGAGGAGAGGCAAGUUUGCUAACUUAAAUAAGCUUCUCCUUGUUCAUCAACUGAGAAAGCCAUUUUAAAAAUCUGUGUCCUUGGCUUUAGAAGAGCCCAAUCAGUCUGUGCUCUCAUUUGGUUGUUGCUGGUGCAAGAUUGGCACAGCGUAAAACCGCCCCUUGUCAUUGAAAUGCUCUAUCAAGCCUGCAGUGGCUUUACCAAGUAUCUGAUCUCUGAAGUCCUAUAAUGCCAAUGUAAAGCUAAAAAUUGUCUAAUUUUUGUACUUAACUCUAAGCCAGUUGGUUACAGUGUGAUUACAUCAGUAAAGAGUAUAUUCUUUUCAGUUUUAAAGAUCAAUUAAAAAACCUUUUUUAUUCCAAAAUUAAUCCAAUUUCUGAUCAAGGUGAUCAGGUUGAUUCAAGGUUUGAUAGGAUAACUGAAAAGUAGUAGCCUUCAAAUUCUACAGGGGCUUUCAGCAGACACUUCUUCACCAAAAGGAUAGUGGAUAUCUAGAAUCCAUCUCCUGAAAAAUUGAGAUCCCACAGAACAGAUGAAAAUUUCAGAUCUAUAAAAAAAAAAUGGAUUUUUCAUACAAGGCUAUUAAAUCUUACGGAAUUAUGGCAUUUGGAAUGAAUUAACCAGCAGGUUAGCCAGUGGAUGUACAGGCCAGAAAGGGCUGAAUGGCCUCUUCUUGUUCUAUUGUUCCUAAAUGUUUCUAUGAUUCCUGUAAUCAAGCUUUCAACUUUUCAGAUACAUGUGACGUCGGUACAGACAAUUUAAUCCAAGAACAUACCAAAACAGCAGUUCUGGGUUUUGUCUUACACUGGAACACAAGUUCACCAAGGUUCACAAGGAUUUUCUGAGAAUUCUUGAUCCCAGGGCUUUGGCCUAUACUCUUUUGGCCUAUAAGAUGGUGGGCAAGUCUUUCUUGAAGAAAAGAUGUGUGUGUUGAAAUUUGGUCGCACAAUUCCAAUUCUAAGUCCAUGAAUUUUUGGCUAUAAUCUUUGCUGUAACAGUGGCUCUGUUGCAAACUUAAUCAAAAUUGGUUCAUUAGACCAGCUAAUCAAAACUUAGCACUGUCCUGUAGAUUUUGCCAAAUGCCAACCUUAACUAUUUGACGUUUUCAUGAAGUAAUAUCUCUAAAAAUGAGAUGAACCUAGGGAGAUGGCACCUUUAAAAUCUUCACUUUAUACAUUCCUUAGGGAAAAUUCUUGUGGAAAUAAUAUAUUGGGAUAGACAAACAAUCUCAUUGUAAGUUUAUGUGAAAUAUUUUUGGUUGCCUUUGGAUUAGAAUGUCUGUAACCUGCUUUCUAAAGUGACAAAUUAUAUUUUGGAAUUCAUUGGGAUAACUGGUGACUAGUUAGAUAAUCUGAAAUACGUCUAUGCUCGUUAACUGCUAAGACUGUGGAAAUAAAAUUCUGUUUUUAAUCUGGUGGAAAUUUUGGGAAAGAAGUUCUGAUUUUUGAGGUGAGAAAAUAGGUAUGAAGGUGCAUUUCCAACUGCUCCCCUAAUCCUGUACUAAACACAAGCUGUGCUUUCCUUUAUAAUGUGUUGAUGUGCAUUACUAAAAUCUCCUGAGUCAUUGUCGCUUAUUGUGAAUUAAAAGUUUUUAGAAUGCCCUUCAUGCAGCUGCAACCUCCUGAAGGUAUCUCAGUUUCCAGAUUUCUUUCAAAUACUGAGUAUCUGGAUGUUCCUCUGAUUGCGGGUCAAUCAAUGUCACUUAUCUGUAGUGUUAACACUACACUCGGAGAAGCUAAGUGCUCUGGUCCUGCAGCUGCUUUCAGCUGUAUAUCUUUUCAAUGCAAACUUUCAGUUGUGCAUUCCCCAAAAGUACUUAAUUUGGUUUAAUUAAGGAAUGAUGGUGAAAUAUAAAACAAAAGAUAAUGACUCUUAAUCAAAAAAUCCCAUCUAUUUCAGCAUUGUAGCAAUUAUUACUGAGCUUGGUGAUCAACCAAGACUAAUGAGAGUUACAGUACUGUCAAAAGGUCCUUUGCAUUAACUCUUUGUAAAAUGUGGUAUAUUUUCGUAAUCUUGCAGGCAGAGUUAGUCUGUGGGUUGAAUUAUUAAAUUAGUGCAGUCAAGCCUGCAUUGGGAUGAAUGUAGAACAUAACACAGAAGGGAAAGUGAUCUUUUAAGUAUAAGAUUUUUAGCAGCACACUUGAUUCUGAAUUACUGUAAGAUAUCUGCCUACUAUCUAGCUUAGUAUUUUUAAAAGUAACUUUUCGUGGAAAUAGGUGCAGCAGUUUCACUUCCAUUAUGGUACUGAGAUCAAAAUAUAAAGUGAUAGCUAUGGUUCACAGUAAAGGGAAAAUCAUAGUAAAAUCAUUUGCAGUUUUGCAAUAAUAACCUUUUCAAGACUUUAGGUAUAAUAAUAGUGAUGGAGGAUUUUAUUUAUAUGCCUUGUCAUUUGCAGUUAAGUCAGUGCAUAUUAUCUAAUGGCGGGACCAUUCAAAAGAACAAUAGUUUCUAUCAAACAAAAGGCAGUUUAAAGUAAACUGUUCAGUCAGAGUUGACAUAGUUAAGACCAGCAGUAACAUCAACUCAGCUUCACUUACAUGGAUUUAUGCAUUCUGCCUUAAAAGUAACAACACUAAAUAACUCAGAGAUGUGCAUAAUUGUCCAUUUUUCAUAAAAAUUGACUUUGAAGAGUGCUUCAGAGGCAAUUCUGGAGAAAUAGUUUGAAGCCUGAUGCAAAGAUGAAAAUUCCACAAUUAUUUAUUAUUAGAUCAUUAAUAUUUUACCAUUAAAAGAGUGGACCAUCAUGAUUCAUUGAUUUUUCUUUGAUCACUGUAGUUUCUGAACCACAUGAUGUUAAAGGCUUCAAAGAGAGAUUCUUGCCCAAUUUAUGUAGCAUACUGGAUGGAGAUCACGCUUGAAUUCUUGGAUCAAACACCCUCAAAGUUUAGAGGAACCCUUUAGAAGUGGAGCAUGCGGCUUUAAUAUGCCAUUGCCAACACUGGGACCUAGAGCACUGUUUUAAUAAACCCAGCAGUCCAGCGUGGGGCUCAAUCAUAAAGCCAGCGCAUGAACAGUGGUUUGAUUGUUUAUUAAUUGAAUGACCUUUUAAGGGGCAAUUGCUUGUACUAAUUAUAUUUUCUUUUCCUUUCAUAUUUUAAAAUAUUCAUCAAAUCUGACAUAAAAAUGAUCUCUACCUCUGUGCCGAAUUCGUGACAUCCUUCCUAUUCUUUUUCAAAUCAUCCUUUCAAACUAUGGAUUCCUUCAAAUGGAACAGAACUACAAAGCCAGCACCACAUCUGGAUGGUGUGCAUGUUGUUUUCGGCCAAGUGAUAACUGGUUUUGAUGCCAUCAAAGAAAUAGAAAACCUGAAGACAGAUGCUGCCAGCCGCCCAUAUGCAGAUGUACGGAUCAUCGACUGUGGAGAGUUCGUCCCAAAGUCUGCAAGUCACGUGACUGAACGCAAGAAAAAAGUCGCCAUCUCCUACUCCUCACACGAAUCCACAAGCAGCUCGGAUUCUUCAACGUCUUCCAAGUUCUCGGACUCAGACACAGAAACGGAGGAAGAGCGGGACAGGAAACGGAAACGGAAGAGGAAGAUGAAAACCAAGCACUCAAAAAGACGAAGAGAAUCCAAAAGCAAAAAGAGAAAACUAUCAUCCAGCCAGAAGAGCCAUAAUGGUGUGGGGGAAGAAGAUGAGAAAGACAAAGAUUUGAAUCCAAAGCGACAGAAGCUAUCUGUGAGGCCAGAGGAGAUUCCCCCAGUACCAGAGAACAGAUUUUUGCUCAGGCGGGAUGUGCCAAAACCAGAUACUGAACCAAAACUUCAGGAACCACCCUCAACAAUUAGUGAACAGAAACCAGUGGUGUCGAAAUCAGGCCGUAAAAUUAAAGGCAGAGGAACAAUGCGUUAUCAUACUCCUUCAAAGUCUAGAUCACAUUCAGAAUCUGAACUGGACGAAGAAACCAGUGAAACGCCACCUCACUGGAAAGAAGAAAUGCAGCGCGUUAGAACGUACAGAGCCACCAGCUUAGAGAAGUGGACUAAAGGAGACAAAUUGAAGUCAGAAUCACGGCGGUGGAGUGACAGAUCUGCUUCCCCAUGGUCUCGAUCAUGGUCGCAUGAUGGAUAUUAUUCAGAUGACCGCAGGAGGAGGAAGUCUAGCCGCUAUAAGAGACCUAAAAAGGAACGGCGGAAAAUCAAAGCUAAGAAGAAGUCCAAGAAGCAAAAGCAUUCCAGAAAGCAGAAAGGCCACAAGUAUAAAGCAAAGGAGACCUCUGUACCUUCAGAAUCUGUUCGCUCAUCAAGCUUCAAGACGAAGUCUUCACUUGAGCAGGAAAAGAAAUCUCCAUUAACAGCUUCAUCAAGGCACUCUUCAGAAAGAGUAUGGUCUGGAUCCUCUAGUCACCUAUCUUCUUCAGCUAGUACAGCAUCUCGGUCCUAUUCUAGAUCAAAAUCAGAGUCUAGGUCCCGGUCUAGAUCAAGAUCCCAUUCCAGGACUGGAACUAGGUCCAGAACCAGAUCGAGAACCAGAACGCGGUCAAGAUCUAGAACCAGUUCCCUGUCCAGAUCCCGGUCGAGAACCAGAUCCAGUUCAAGCUCUGCAUCGUCCAGAAGUAGAUCCACAUCCAAGUCAAGUUCCAAAUCCAAGCACAAACAGAGGAGUUCCAGAAAGCAUUUUGAAAACUUAAACCAGAAGAAACUUGAUACGCCAAGGGUAGGUUCAAAGGAAAAUGAAAAAAUUAUAACACAUGCUGCUACUGUUGAAGCUGUUCCUGCUGUUCCAUUAAGUGAGAGUCCUCCACCUUCAAGGUGGCGACCAGGGCAAAAGCCUUGGAAACCUUCUUAUGUUCGGAUCCAGGAAGCCCAGGCAAAACUCAGUGAAACCACACCUACAUUGAGCAGUAGAGAUUCCAAGUGUUCCAGAGAAGAUGAGCUCUCUCCAUCUCUACGGAAACAGCAUCGGAGUUCAGAAACUAGAAGGCAUUACAACUCUGACCACGAGAGUGAUCGAAGUUCAACCUCAGGCUAUCAGAAGAGCUCGAGGAGUAGAGGGUUUAGCUCCAGAUCACGAACCCGUUCCUCUGGGUCAAGGAGUCGGUCCAGUUCUAGGUCACGGUCCGUAACCAAAUCCCCUUACCGAGAAUCCUCAUAUUCCAAAUCAUCUAGUCGUUCAUAUGAGUCUGAAGAAGGUUGUGUGGCUAGCAGUGAAGAGAAAUAUGGAAAAGUUAAAAAGAAAAAUUUGGUUUCUAAUAAGCAAGAUAAAGAGCAGCAGGCAAGCUGUGCAACCAGCCACAUAAGCAGGGAGCGCAGCACUGGGAAGAAAUAUGAAAGUGUUGAGUGCAGUGUGUCAUCUUCACAAUCUUCCAGUGAGAUUGAUUCAGAUGAAUACGAGAGAGGAAAGGGAAAAUCAGAAUCUAAAAGACUGGCUGCGUCUAACUCCAAGACAGAACUUCCCAAAAAAAAUCGAAGCAGCAAGAAAUCAGAGGGAAAAGAUGAGCAUCCCAGCAAAGGUUCUGCCAAGGACCACUUAAACAUGAAGGCGAGCACAGCAAAUGAUCAGGUACAGAAGCCAAGGAAGAAUUCUGAGAGGAGCAAGUCCUCAGAGAGGAAAUCUGCCGCUGGCUCUCACAGCAAAGCUGAGAAAAGUACAAAGAAAGUGCACAAGAGAGCAAGAUUGAAAUCUGAAACGCAGUCUGAAACCGAACAGAGUAGGGGGAGUAAAGUGCAAUCUCGGUCAACCUCGGAAGAGGGCGAAGUGGUUGAGAAAUCUGACGUCGGGGAGACAGAAGGGAAGACAACCACAGGGGGACUGAACUCGAGGUCUAAGAUUUGCAGUGCCAAGUCAUCCGCAUCGUCAGGCUCCGAGGCAGGUGGCAAUCAGCCAGCGGGCAGGAAGGCCUCCGCCUCCAGCAGCUCUUCGGGAUCAGCCAGCGAGAGCGAGAAGAGGCGGAAGAAGAAAGUCAAACACAAACUUAAAAAUAAGAAAAGGUCUAAAUCCAAAAGCGCCAAGUUCAAGAAGAAAAGUGAGAAGAAGAAGAUCAAAAAGGUACAGAAGGCAAAAGAAAAAUUCCACUGGCAGCCUCCUCUGGAGUUCGGUGAAGAGGAAGAGGAGGAGGCAAAAACGGAUGGGCCUGGCGCAUUUGAUGGGAAACCUAAAGUCAACCCACCCAAACACCAAACACCACCCAAAGUGGGAAGCCAUGACACUGAACCCAGUGUCAUAAAUUGCACUGCCUCAGCGAAAGUCAUCCACCCUGUCAAACAGAAUGCAGAACCCCAGGAAUCCUCCCCUGUAACCUCAAGUCACCAGAAAGAAGUAGAAUCGCAGCCAAAGCAGAAGGGUGACCCAUUGAAAACCGAAGCUGCAGUAGCAAAAGCACCAAGCGCAGCAGAAAAAGCCAAGGACCCGCUUCAGAGUGUCAGGAGUUCCACACCAGAGAAGUGCAUUUCCAUCUCCCUGGCACCAAAAGGCGGUGAGGAAGCAUCGCUGUCUGGGGCUGGUGAUUGCAAAGGAGCAAAGGGAUCUGGAGUCAAACCAGAAAGCAGUGUGCCGGCAGAGAAAAGUGAGCUGAAUAAGACUGAGAAGAAUGAUACUGAGCCUGCCCAGCCAGCUGACAUCAAUGAGAAUACAACAGAAAGUAGCACAAGGACUGAGAAUGAAUUAACUGAUAGUAAUAAAUGGAAGCCCUUAAAAGUAUUACCAAAUGUACCAGCUGCCUGCUCCGUAGUUAACACAGAGGUUAAAGUAGAAACUACAGAACCCGAUAAUAAACCUCAAGGACUGAAAAUAGAAAUCAAAAGUAAAAAUAAAGUCAAACCGGGUUCCCUCUUUGAUGAAGUUCGGCGGACAGCGCGCUUGAACCAAAGGCAAAGGAAUCAAGAAAGCUCAAGUGAGGAGGACUCGCUGUCAAGGGACAGCAACAGCAGAUCUCGUAGUCGAAGUACUUCACGUGGUCACUACAGAUCCAGCUCAAGGGACAGGACGCAUUCCCGCACAAGGUCUCGCUCAAGCAGUAGGUCAAGGAGUCAUUCAAGAAGUUACAGUUCUUCUUACAGGUCACGAAGCUACAGCAGAAGUAGAAGCAGACGAAGGCACAGCAGAGAUCACUCGAGCCAUAGCAGUUCCUACAGAAGCUACCCAAGCCAUAGUAGAACAUACAGUCACAGCCGUUCUAGGAGCCUUUCCUCCAGCCGUCACCGGAGAUCUCGGUCAGAUUCAUAUGAUAGUUACGAUAGUAGGAGCAGGAGUCGGAGUCGAAGCCGCAGUUACCACAAAUCUCGAAGGUCCAGAAGCCGGGACAGAAGCUACAGAUCAUACCGCUCGUAUAGCAGGAGCGACCGGAGUUACUCCCACCACCGGAGCCACAGCGAGAGCAGCAGGUACAGCUGACGGACAGACCUCCAGCCCUCGUCCUCCUGGAACACUUCCCUCCUUCUCUCCCUGCACAGAUCCGGAACUAUUUAUUGGCGACAGAUUCAUUCGCUUUUCUUUAAACUUUGGGAGAAACUGCAGUGAAUUAGAAAUUCAUGGUUAAUGCUGCAGUGAGUGGGUGGGAGGAAGAGGGGAGGCUCUUUUGAUCUUCGGGUUUUUUUUUGCAAAUUGUAUUGAAUUAAACUCUUUGCAGCUCUUGCUGAGAGGAACUGUAAUUUGUACCUGCAGUUUUGUAUGUAAGCAAUAGUAUUUACACUUAUGUACUGUACUUAACUGCAUAAUUCUGUCACAGUUUAAAGGGAAAAAUAGUAAAUUUUCAUAAUUCUA